AUAAAGAUGUUCAGAAAUCUUUCGAUGAAACUUGUAAUCGAGAUUCUCCUGUUAAAAUUCGUGAUCAAGAUUCAUCUGUUAAAAUCCGUGAUCAAGAUUCACUUAAAACUUCAAAUGUAAAUCGAAUUCAAUAUAUUCAAAAUGAUAUCUCAGCUAUUACAACUUAUCAAACCAUAAAUCAAAGAAUUUUACUUACUGCAAAUGCAAAUCAAGUAACCAAUAUUACACAAAAAAAUACUCAAGAUUCUUUAAGUUUUCCUGUUACAACCUAUAGUAGAAAUCGAAGUGUAGAUAAAUCUUCUUUUAAAUAUCAUGAUAAAAGAUCUCAUAUCGAUGAUCUUGAUUCUAGUAAUUCUGUAAAGCAAAAAUUUAUUUUAUGCUACAAACCUUCAGAACAAAAAGAGUUACUAAGCGAGAUCCAACCAGAUUUAAACAAGCAAAUUAUUCAAAAAGAUAAUUCAAUUAAUUGUACAACACUAGAUAUGUUAGCGAUUCUAAUCAAUGAAGCAAAGAUUUUAUUUUUGAGAUCACGUGAUUCUUCAACUGUUGCGUACGAUACAUUGUUGAAAUCAAUAGCUCCAGGAUUUUCUGAAAAUAAUAAGACGAUGUCCUUUCUCAAAAUGAAAUUAGGUUCAUAUUUUGCAGAUCACUGA